GGGCGCCGACGUCGGCCGCGCGGGACCGGGGAGACGCAGGGUGGAAGGACCCAGAGCUUUGCUUUCUCUUUCCGCAGUGACCAUGACGAAAUUAGUGCAGUGGCUCUGGGGACUGGCCAUCCUGGGCUCCACCUGGGCGGCCCUGACCAUGGGAGCCCUGGGCCUGGAGCUGCCCUCGCCCUACCGGGAGGUUCUAUGGCCCCUGCCCGCCUACUUGCUGGUGUCCGCCGGCUGCUAUGCCCUGGGCACUGUGGGCUAUCGCGUGGCCACUUUUCACGACUGCGAGGACGCCGCGCGCGAGCUGCAGGACCAGAUCCAGGAAGCUCGAGCUGACUUAGCCCGUAGGGGGCUGCGCUUCUGACACGCCAACCCCAUUCCCGCCCGGACGCCGUCCUUCCCACCCCAUUAAAGAGCAAGUUUAUUUUCUAA